AUGUCCAACAGGGUAAUUGGAUACAAGACUGCAAAGGAGAUAUGGGAUGCUUUGGAAAUCAGAUGUCAAGGAACUAAAGCCAUCAAGAAGAACAGGAGAAUCAUACUUACUCAAGAGUAUGAACACUUUGAUUCCAAAGCUGUUGAAUCAUUGGCAGAUAUAUAUGACAGAUUUGUGAAACUCCUGAAUGAUUUGUCUCUGGUGGAUAAAGAAUAUGACUUAGAGGACUCAAAUCUCAAAUUCCUACUAGCUCUUCCUGAAAAGUGGGAUUUGAAGGUGACCACCAUAAGAGAUAAUCAUAAUCUGGAAGAGAUGACUCUUGAUGAUAUCUUUGGAAGACUGAAAACCUAUGAACUUGAGAUGGAACAAAGAAGCAAACGACAUGGAGGCAAGUCGAAGCCAGUUGCUCUAAAAGUUCAAGAGGAAGCUGCUAAGAACAAAGGAAAAGCACAUGUCACAAAGUCUGAUACUGAGUCAUUAAACUUUGAUAAUGAUUCAAACUCUGAUAUUUCCUCAGACUCUGAGGAUAGUGAUGGUGAGAUGAUGCAGCUAGCAGCAUUGAUGGUUAAGAGUUUCAAAAAGAUAGCUUACAAGAAGUUCAACAAAGGAAGGAGUUUCUCAAGAAAAGACAGAAACUCUGAUAGAACCUCUGAUAAGAGAAACUUCAGGAAGAAUGAAGGCAAAGAAGAAAAAUCUGGAAAAGUUGAUAAGUCCAAAUAUACCUGCUUUAACUGUGGUGAAAAGGGUCAUUUUGCAAAUGAGUGCAAGAAACCUAAGAAAGAAAAAGAACAAGCCUUCUUCACCAAGAAAGAAAGCUGGGCAGACUCAUCAGAAUCAGAGGAAGAAGUCAACUAUGCAUUGAUGGCAAACACUGAUAACAGCUCUGAAGCUGUUGAGACUAAGGUACCUCAAUCCACUCUUGCCUUUGAUACUGAAGAUAUAACUGAGUUAAGACUGUUCCUUAAGACUUUGCAUGUUAGUUAUAGAGAUCAGACUUUAGAAAAUGAUAGAUUAAAAUCUGAGAUCCUAGAUGUUAAGAAAAGGAAUGAUUAUCUUGAGAAAGAAUUAGUUCAGAUGUUGGAAGUUCAGAAAGAAAGAGAUGAUUCUAUCUUCAUUAAAGAUGAGUUAUUAAAGAAAAAUGCUUCUCUUGAAUCAGAACUUGCUAAGGAAAGAGAACUAAUCAAAACAUGGACUAACUCAAGAAAAAUCACUCAGAAUAUCUUAGAAAGUGGAAACUGGAAGAAAGGUCUAGGAUACACUGAUAAACCUGAAGCUGAGUCUGUUAAGCAAGGAUCUAUUAAAUCUGAAACACCUAAGGUUGCAUCAGUCAGAUUUGUUGCUGAAUCAAAGACCCAUGACAAAUCCAAAACUGAUAAGCCUAAACAGGUUAAUAUAGGCUUAAUGACUCAGAAACAGCUUAAGCAAAAGGUCAAAGAGGUAAAACAAGAAUACAGGAUUAAGGAACCUAGGAAGAACAGAAAUGGGAAGGAAGAAUAA